AUGCGUUUUAUACCGGUUAUGCAAUGGAUUGCAAGGCAAAGUGAACAACCUUCAAGGAACAUACCGGAUGGGAUUUUCACGUUGGCACGGAAUUGGUCUUUGCUAUCCACAUGUGCUUGUAAUCAUAUUUACGAGCCCGACGAGUUCGAGGUCCCUAGACUCAGGAAUUCUAAUAUAACAAUUAAAUUGAAUGCAGAGCAGGACGUGCUUGUGACCACAAUCGGAAUGGUGAGGAGAAUAUUAGGUUUGGUUACGUACCAAGAGCCACUAGAGUCAGGAAGCCGUGGGAACAAGAAGGGAAGAAAAGAAAAAGCAGCGUAA